AUGAUUUUUGGGCACAUUGCUCUGGGCAAAGAGGAGCACGCACUUCGGGGGUGGUGUGGAGAAGACUGUCUACAACGAGGUCUGCAGACAGCAGGGAGUGCUAAUGGAGAUGGCAACGCAGCAUGGUGCAUGAGCAAAAUUUUUCUGGUGUGCGGAAAGCGAACAGUGCAGUCCAAGGCCACACAGGAUGCAGGAGGUGAGGAAUGUAGCCAAGAGAGCCCGAGAUACGAGUCUCAUUUUCCAUCACAAUGGCAUCGUGAGAUAUGGGCGCUGGAUAAGUGA